UGUGCGGGUGCGCUGUCAACAACAGACGUACUGGGGAGCAGGUGAAUGCCGGCAAAACAAACUUUCUGUCCUCGGAGGACCUACGAAAACGAUACUGUGAUCGAAAAGUUUAAAGACGAGCACAUAUCAUCGACAGGAUUUGUCUGAUCACGAGCCCCAGCCUCCAAAGUGCUCCAUCUGGAUAGUAAGCCAUGGCAACCAUAGUGCCCAAACUCUCCAGCGGUGGCGCUGUUAAGAUCCGCUUUACCAGCAUGGACCAGGGUACCACCAGGUGGAAAGAGGGAACUUUUGAGAUUUUGGAGAAGGACAACAAAGUCAACCUCUGUCUUAGAUUCAACUCUGGCGGAGCCUCUAAAAUAUUCCAGCUGAACCAGAACGUGAAGACCAUCAGCCAGAAUUUGAACCGAAUCAUGCUGACUUUGAAGGACAACAGUGUCAUCAUCUUGGAUAAGAUGCCCCCAACUUUGGUUCAGAGGACUAAAGAAUACCUGGAAAAGCUGAAGCAGGGCAAGACAAUUUUAAAAUCAUCUAAUGGAAGUGCAAACUUCAGUGUCUUUGGGAACCGUGCUGUAAAAAAUGAGACCAGCCCGUCAGGAGAGAGACAGACAACACCAAGGCGGCAGAGUGCAGAAGGCCGGGAGGACACACAGAGGAAGCCCCUGGGCAGCCCGAGCAGAGCUGCCUCCACUCCCACUCGCACUGGACUCUCUGAGAAUAGGAGCGAGAAGAGAAAAAGGCUCCUUAACUCUGAAAGUGACCUGACUGAGGACUACCCCAAGGAAAAUGACUCCUCAAGCAACAACAAAGCUACUUCGGAUCCAUCCAGGAAGUUUCUCCUGAGCUGCAAAGACAAGCUGAAGCAAGCAGAGGAGAACAGGACAUCAGCUCCACUGGGUUCAACUCCCCUUCAGCCAACGUCAUUUUACGGCAGCCGAUCUGUGACUAAAGACUACAGCCAGAGUCACUCUUUCCUGGACAGACCAUCCAGCACAGCACAGAGCACCACAGUCAAGAGAAGCCUCAUGCUGCCCAAUCACUCCACUCCUUUCAAGAAGGUACGCCCUUCUCUGGACUACAGUGGCUGGAACAAGCAGAGGCCUUCCACUCUAGCUCAGCCUCAGCCUCCACUGCAAGGAUUCUCCAACCUGGGCAACACUUGCUACAUGAACGCCAUCCUGCAGUCUCUCUUCAGCCUCCCCUCCUUCUCCAAUGACAUGCUGAAGCAGAGCAUCCCAUGGAAGAAGGUGCCCAUCAAUGCAUUGCUCAGGCGUUUUGCUCACCUUAUGGUCAAGAAGGACGUGGGCUGUCCAGAGACAAAAAAGGACCUCUUGAGGAAAGUGAAGAGUGCCAUCUCAUCCACAGCGGAACGUUUCUCUGGAAACAUGCAGAAUGAUGCUCAUGAGUUCCUGAGCCAGUGUUUGGACCAGUUAAAGGACGAUGUGGAGAAAAUGAACAAGAGCUGGACAAAUGAAGCUGCAGCAUCCUCGUCGUCCUCUGUGGUGGCUGAGAGUGGCCAGGAGGCAACGUCAUCUGCAGCCAAGACAGAGCCUGGUGAAGAGGUUGACACCUCCCGAAUCUACACCUGCCCUGUGGCGGUCAACAUGGAAUUCGAGGUGCAGCACACCAUCAUCUGCAAAGGCUGUGGUGAGGUGGUGACCAAGCGAGAGCAGUUCAAUGAUUUGUCCAUCGACCUACCACGCAGAAAGAAGACCCUCCCUCUUCGCUCUAUCCAGGAUUCUCUGGAUCUCUUUUUUAGGAUGGAGGAAAUUGAGUACUCGUGUGAAAAGUGCAAUGGGAAAGUAGCUACUGUUACGCACAAAUUCAGCAAACUGCCCAGAGUGCUCAUCCUACACCUGAAACGGUACAGCUUUAACGCUCAGCUGUCUCUGAACAGCAAGCUGGGCCAGCAGGUGGUGAUUCCCCGAUACCUGACCCUGCUGUCCCACUGCACUGAAUCCACGCGUCCCCCUAUUAGUCUCGGCUGGAGUUCCCAAGCCUCCAUGUCCAGAACACUCAAAACAUCACCGUUAAUCAACUCCUCCACAGCACCUCUCCGAAGGAUUGGAGGGAAAGUGGCCAACUCUAGCUGCACCUCUAUCAUAGUGGACUCUGACAGUGAAGAAGAACCUAACAGAAAGGUGAGCGCGAGCCGGAAGCGACGCCUCAGCAGCUGUCUGCCCGAUGACGACGACCGACCAGAAGAGCGGAGAGCAACGAUAGAUUCAGCAGACUUCAGUGGCAUAAAUGAUGACGAAAUGCUGGCAGCCGUUCUUGAGAUGAGUCGGCAAGAAGCCGGGCUCUCAGCCCCACCCCCACUGGAGGAUGAGCCAACCAGCAGUCCUGACACAGGCUUUGGAGACACAGAUGCCCAUGACCUGGCCUAUCAUACAGAUCUGCUGGAAACAGACACCAAACAGCCAGCAGAUGUGCUGGAUUCUCUGGACCUGACCAUGGAUGAGAACAAGGAGAACCAGACUCCAGAGGGUGUGCAGCAGCAGGGAGAACUGGAUUGGGUCCAGCAGUACAGUCUGGAUCAGGAGAGGGAAGAACAGGAGCUACAGCAGGCCCUGGCCCAGAGCCUCCAGGAGCAUGAGGCCCAAGAGAUGAGAGAGGAUGAUGAUCUGAAGAGGGCCACUGAGCUCAGUUUGCAAGAGUUUAACAACUCUCUGCCUGAGCUGCUGUGCUCUGAUGAUGACUCUGGCAACGAGGAUGUGCUGGACAUGGAGUACACUGAAGCAGAGGCUGAGAACCUGAAGAGGAACGCUGAGAGCGGAGACUUGGCCAACUCCUUUAGACUCAUCAGUGUCGUCAGUCACAUCGGGAGCAGCUCCUCCUCUGGCCAUUACAUCAGUGACGUGUAUGACAUGAAGAAGCAGUCAUGGCUGACCUACAAUGACCUGGACGUGUCGCGCACACAGGAAGCAGCUGUCCAGCGAGACCGUGACCGCAGUGGAUACAUCUUCUUCUACAUGCACAAGGAUGUGUUUGAGCAGUUGUCUGAAAUGGAGAGAUCUGGAGCCAGUACCACUUCAGAGGCAGGAAGGAACGUGCUGCAGCCCCUCUGAGUGCUUCAUCUGUGGACAGCCACCCACACAUCCACAGCUGAGCCUUGGUAGAUGGAGUUCUUCUCUGAACAGCCUUGACUACUACUGAUUGCCGUCCUUUUUUGGUCGUCUUCAGGCAAUUCUUUUUCUCUACAGAUUACUAAAUGGCCUGCUAAAUUAGCACUGUAAAUGCCAACACAGAUGCUAAGCUGUCUAGACUCUUUAAGAUACCAGAAAUGCAGUUAAAAAUGUUCAGUGGAUCAAAGUUUGCCUCCAUGUUUUUGGGGCUGGAGUUUUUCUUUGCUAUGGUUUUAUCGAACAACUGUUUUGUAAAGUUUUUGUCUUUGUUUCUUAUAUUUCUUUAAACUUCAAUGCCAUUCAUUCAGACUUUCACUUCAAAGCAACUAUCAAACACCAGAUGCUACUGGUGCUUCAUGAAUUGCAGACCCUUUAUUUCCCAUAUAAACUAAAUAAAGAUAUAUUCUAUGUUGGAGUAUAAGCUAUUAUAGACUUAGGGGGUUGUUGUAUUUAGCGGGUACAUUUGGUGCAAUAUUUAUGUUCCGGCACAAGCUGGCCAGUUCAAAAUCUGCUUUCUAUCACAGAGUGUGUGGAUGUUGCUUUUCGUGCUUCACUUAUGACCUAAUUUGUGUGUGUGUGGUUGUCUCCAUAUUAUAGAUUUGGAAAAAAAAAAAAAAAAAGCUGGGG